CAAAGUGAGAUAACACAAAAUACCAGAAAAAUAAUCUAAUUCCAUUAUCCAUAAUUUAAAUUAUAGGGGUUUUGGAGUGUUUUUCUCUACAUUAGCAGCCUGUAGCUUUAAGACCAUAUUUUUAUUCAUCUUAUACUGGCCUGGUACUAAUGUGAUGAUGUUAGUGAUGAAAUCAAAUCGCUGUUGCAAUCUUGUGGCAGAAUGAUCUGUUGUAUUUUCACUCACAAAACGUUAAGGUUGUUCACACAUGGGAUUGUUCAGUGGUAACAAGGGAAUGCAUUAUGUCUGGGGACUACUUCUCUGCCCAUCUGUAUUAGAGGCAUUUAGAAGCAGCUUCUAAUCUGAAAGAAUUUAUCAUUUCCUGUGUGGGAGCAGUUCUCUGCUGGAGUGUCAAAGAUCCUCUUUAGAUGAUUGCUUUCCUUGUGUGUAUAUUCUAGCGUGGCUUUUAUUUUCCACAGAACUUUUGAACGGAUUUUUGCCAAAGUAGUGAUUGACAAUGAUUUUAUACAUUACGGGCAUUUAGCUCAAGGGGAUUUUAGGGAUAAAUAUUCUUUGUGGCUCUUUCACAGUCUCGAAUGGCAAGCAGUUGAGUGGAAUAAUCUGGGUACUUCAAUGAGAUACGAAGGGUGACAUCACACAAAAAGGAUAUGAAAAGAAGAGGUCAAAAUUAAUUGGAGCCUACCUGCCACAACCUCCAACAGCGAAUGGAGCUGCCGUGGUUCGGUGUAGACUGCAGCACAGUGAAGGAGCCACAAGAAGAAUGCUCCGCUCUGCCAACAUCGGAGUGUGUGACAUCCGAGAAGCAGCAGCCAGAGAGCGGGUGGCCAGCACCACAGGAAACCGGCCUCUGUUUUACUUUCGUUUCGGAGUGGAUCAAGCUUUGCCUCAAGAACGUCGAACUCCUGUUACUCCUUCUUCUUCCUCUCGCUAUCACCGCCGAAGGUCCUCAGGGUCACGAGAUGAACGCUACCGGUCGGAUGUUCAUACUGAAGCUGUUCAGGCAGCUCUUGCUAAACACAAAGAAAGAAAGAUGGCAGUGCCUAUGCCUUCCAAACGCAGGUCUUUGGUUGUACAGACCUCGAUGGAUGCCUACACACCUCCAGAUACCUCUUCUGGUUCAGAAGAUGAAGGCUCGGUACAGGGUGAUUCCCAGGGAACCCCCACCUCCAGCCAAGGCAGCAUCAACAUGGAGCACUGGAUCAGCCAAGCCAUCCAUGGCUCUACCACAUCCACAACAUCCUCCUCCUCCACGCAAAGUGGUGGGAGUGGUGCCGCCCACAGGCUGGCUGACGUCAUGGCCCAGACUCACAUAGAAAAUCAUUCUGCACCUCCUGAUGUAACCACUUACACCUCAGAACAUUCAAUACAAGUGGAAAGACCACAAGGCUCAACAACAUCGCGGACAGCACCAAAAUAUGGCAAUGCCGAGCUCAUGGAGACUGGGGAUGGAGUACCAGUAAGUAGCCGAGUAUCAGCAAAAAUUCAGCAGCUUGUCAAUACCCUCAAAAGGCCUAAACGACCACCUUUACGGGAAUUCUUUGUUGAUGACUUUGAAGAAUUGUUAGAAGUUCAACAACCGGAUCCAAACCAACCAAAGCCAGAGGGAGCCCAGAUGUUGGCAAUGCGUGGGGAGCAGCUGGGUGUGGUGACCAACUGGCCACCAUCUCUGGAAGCUGCGUUACAGCGAUGGGGGACCAUUUCACCCAAGGCCCCCUGUUUAACCACUAUGGACACAAAUGGAAAACCACUCUACAUCCUAACUUAUGGCAAACUGUGGACAAGAAGUAUGAAGGUUGCUUACAACAUUCUACAUAAAUUAGGUACAAAACAAGAACCUAUGGUCCGACCUGGAGAUAGGGUAGCACUGGUAUUUCCUAACAACGACCCUGCCGCUUUCAUGGUAGCAUUUUACGGCUGCUUACUCGCUGAAGUUGUUCCCGUCCCCAUUGAAGUUCCACUUACAAGAAAGGAUGCAGGAAGCCAACAGAUAGGUUUCUUGCUUGGAAGCUGUGGAGUUACUGUAGCCUUGACUAGUGAUGCUUGCCAUAAAGGACUACCAAAAAGCCCAACAGGAGAGAUACCACAGUUUAAAGGUUGGCCAAAGCUAUUAUGGUUCGUCACAGAGUCUAAACAUCUCUCUAAACCUCCUCGAGAUUGGUUCCCUCACAUUAAGGAUGCAAAUAAUGACACUGCUUAUAUUGAGUAUAAAACGUGUAAGGACGGAAGCGUACUUGGGGUGACUGUGACAAGAAUUGCACUACUAACCCACUGCCAAGCACUUACACAAGCAUGUGGCUACACAGAAGCUGAAACAAUUGUAAAUGUAUUAGAUUUCAAGAAAGAUGUUGGCCUCUGGCAUGGAAUUCUAACAAGCGUCAUGAACAUGAUGCAUGUAAUCAGCAUCCCAUACUCUUUAAUGAAGGUGAACCCUCUGUCCUGGAUACAGAAGGUCUGCCAGUACAAAGCAAAAGUGGCUUGUGUAAAAUCAAGGGACAUGCAUUGGGCAUUAGUAGCACAUAGAGAUCAAAGAGACAUCAAUCUCUCCUCUCUCCGAAUGUUAAUAGUGGCUGACGGUGCAAAUCCCUGGUCUAUUUCUUCUUGUGAUGCAUUUCUCAAUGUCUUCCAAAGUAAAGGUCUACGGCAGGAGGUCAUUUGUCCUUGUGCCAGCUCGCCAGAGGCUCUCACUGUGGCCAUCCGAAGGCCAACAGAUGACAGCAACCAGCCCCCGGGCCGGGGCGUUCUCUCCAUGCACGGGCUGACCUAUGGCGUCAUCCGAGUGGACUCAGAGGAGAAGCUGUCUGUCCUCACUGUACAGGAUGUUGGCCUGGUGAUGCCUGGAGCCAUCAUGUGUUCAGUGAAGCCAGAUGGAGUUCCUCAGCUGUGUAAAACAGAUGAGAUUGGAGAGCUCUGUGUAUGUGCCAUUGCUACGGGCACAUCCUAUUAUGGCCUCUCAGGCAUGACCAAGAACACCUUUGAGGUAUUUCCUAUGACAAGUUCAGGGGCUCCGAUCAGUGAAUACCCUUUUAUAAGGACAGGCUUGCUUGGAUUUAUUGGUCCUGGAGGACUUGUCUUUGUGGUGGGUAAAAUGGAUGGUUUGAUGGUGGUCAGUGGACGAAGACACAAUGCCGAUGACAUUGUGGCAACAGCACUGGCAGUGGAACCAAUGAAAUUUGUCUACAGAGGAAGAAUAGCUGUGUUCUCAGUGACUGUCCUUCAUGAUGAGAGGAUAGUCAUUGUUGCAGAGCAGAGACCAGACUCCACGGAGGAAGACAGCUUUCAGUGGAUGAGCAGAGUUCUACAGGCCAUUGAUAGUAUACAUCAAGUUGGAGUUUAUUGCCUGGCAUUGGUUCCAGCAAACACCCUUCCCAAAACCCCCCUUGGUGGAAUACAUUUGUCAGAAACGAAACAGCUUUUCCUGGAAGGUUCACUCCACCCCUGCAAUGUCUUGAUGUGUCCACAUACUUGUGUCACAAACUUACCUAAACCUAGACAGAAGCAGCCAGAAAUUGGUCCUGCCUCUGUGAUGGUGGGCAACCUCGUCUCUGGAAAGAGGAUUGCCCAGGCUAGCGGCAGAGACCUUGGUCAGAUAGAAGACAAUGACCAGGCCCGGAAGUUCCUGUUUCUCUCAGAAGUUUUGCAGUGGAGAGCUCAGACCACUCCCGACCAUGUCCUCUAUACACUGCUCAACUGUAGGGGUACAAUAGCAAACUCAUUGACUUGUGUCCAGCUUCAUAAACGAGCUGAGAAGAUAGCCGUGAUGCUGAUGGAAAGAGGGCACUUGCAAGAUGGAGAUCAUGUUGCUUUAGUCUACCCACCAGGAAUAGACCUGAUUGCCGCAUUUUAUGGCUGCCUGUAUGCAGGCUGCGUGCCAAUAACAGUCCGCCCUCCACAUCCACAGAACAUCUCAACAACAUUACCAACUGUAAAGAUGAUCGUGGAGGUGAGUCGCUCAGCCUGUUUAAUGACAACACAACUAAUAUGUAAAUUGUUACGGUCCAGAGAGGCAGCAGCAGCUGUGGAUAUCAGGACAUGGCCCCCCAUACUGGACACAGAUGAUUUGCCAAAGAAGCGGCCUGCCCAGACCUACAAGCCUUCCAACCCAGAUACACUAGCUUAUCUUGAUUUUAGUGUAUCCACAACUGGGAUGCUAGCUGGAGUAAAGAUGUCUCAUGCAGCCACCAGUGCCUUUUGCCGUUCUAUUAAGUUGCAGUGUGAGCUUUAUCCCUCUAGAGAAGUGGCUAUCUGUUUGGACCCUUACUGUGGACUUGGAUUUGUCCUCUGGUGCCUCUGCAGUGUAUACUCGGGACACCAGUCCAUUUUAAUCCCACCUUCAGAGUUGGAAACCAACCCUGGUUUGUGGCUUCUCGCUGUGAGUCAGUAUAAAGUCCGGGAUACAUUUUGCUCCUAUUCCGUAAUGGAGCUUUGUACCAAGGGGCUGGGCUCACAAACAGAAUCACUCAAGGCAAGAGGGCUGGACUUGUCUCGUGUACGGACAUGCGUAGUUGUGGCAGAAGAACGGCCUCGGAUAGCACUCACACAAUCCUUUUCCAAAUUGUUUAAAGACCUGGGCCUCCACCCACGGGCUGUCAGCACCUCGUUCGGCUGUAGAGUGAACCUGGCAAUAUGCUUACAGGGGACCUCUGGACCUGACCCAACGACUGUGUAUGUUGAUAUGAGAGCCCUGAGACAUGACAGAGUACGCUUAGUAGAAAGAGGAUCGCCUCAUAGUUUGCCCCUAAUGGAAUCAGGGAAAAUACUUCCAGGGGUUCGGAUCAUAAUUGCUAACCCAGAAACUAAAGGACCUUUGGGGGACUCACAUCUUGGUGAGAUUUGGGUUCACAGCGCUCACAAUGCCAGCGGUUAUUUUACAAUUUAUGGAGAUGAGUCCCUCCAAUCAGAUCACUUCAACUCAAGAUUAAGUUUUGGAGACACCCAGACUAUCUGGGCACGGACAGGCUACUUGGGGUUCCUGAGGAGAACUGAGCUUACAGAUGCAAACGGAGAGCGCCAUGAUGCCCUCUAUGUUGUGGGUGCACUAGAUGAAGCCAUGGAGUUGCGAGGGAUGAGGUAUCACCCAAUAGACAUUGAGACGUCCGUCAUCAGGGCCCACAAAAGUGUUACAGAAUGUGCUGUGUUUACCUGGACGAAUUUGUUGGUGGUUGUGGUUGAGCUUGAUGGGUCAGAACAAGAAGCCUUGGACCUUGUUCCCUUGGUGACCAAUGUGGUUCUGGAGGAACACUAUCUGAUUGUAGGAGUGGUGGUCGUGGUGGACAUUGGUGUCAUUCCUAUCAACUCCCGUGGAGAGAAACAGCGUAUGCACCUACGAGACGGAUUCUUGGCCGACCAACUAGACCCCAUCUACGUGGCCUACAACAUGUAGUCUUGUCUCUUUGGCCUCCAUAGACUUUUCUAGAGAUGUAAACAUUUUUCUCAGUGUCCACUAAAAUUGUGCAAAUACGCGGGCAAUAUUCACGAGAAUGGAACCUUUUGUAAUUGUGAUAGUGAUGAUGAUGACAACUUUUCACAGCAGUCAUGAUUGGCAUGGAAAUGAAAUGUGAAAUGUGAAUUUACCACUAAAUUUAACUCAGAAGGACUUUGGGAUUACUGCCUUCAGUUUGUUGGAAAAGCCCAUUUCAAAAACUUUUUCUUUCCUUUUUUUUAAUUAUUGAAUAAUAAGUGCUUUCUUCGUAAAUGUGGCAUUGUAUUUUGUUAAGCUGAAAUAGCAAUUAAAAAAAAAAAUUCUGCCCUCCAGAUGGGUUCUUUUAAACAAUUUAUGUAGUGUGACAAAGAAUUGUUUUCUUUGUUUUAAUGUGUCAUGAAAUCUUAAUGACAUGGAUCUGUUACUAAUUUAAGCCAUUGCUAGAUCUCAUCCUUUUAGGACAGUUUGUUGAGGUACGAGAAAACCUUCCAAAUAGCACCUUCCAAUUAGAUUUUAGCAGCUUUCUUUGUCAGAAAUGUGCUGAAGAAACAAAGGCUAGUAUAUGGCCUUUGAUGUUAGCAUAGAAUGAGAAGAAAUUAUAAAUAAGGUGUAUUUCGGCAAUUAUCUUGCAGAUAUCUUUGUACUAAACUAAAAAAAUAAGUUAACUUCUUCAUAUGUAAUUAUGUACAAACCGUUUAAUUUAUUUUGAGCUCUUUAGAAGUAUAAAAGAGAAAAAACAUUCAAGAAUAUUAAAGUCUUGUAAUGUUUGCUAAUAUAAAAAAGUGUUGUAUUAUCUUGCGUGGAUAGUAUCACAACAAAUAUAUAUAUAUGAAAUAUAAAUUCACUAAUGAAGAAAGGAGAUUUUAACGUUUAAAAUGCAGAACUUGUCACUUGCAUGGUGUCCCCUCCACUGUACUGUAGAUAAUUGAGUGAUUUACUCACAUACACUUUGCUGACAAGAGCAAUCACAGAUUGCUAGUAGCCCUGCCUACAAGGUUCUUCUAGAUACCAGAGACCAGCAAGUGAAAUUAUUGCCAUCUCAAAGAUGGUGAAGGAAUUUAAGGGUAAAUGUGCACUAAUUUUUUUUUCUCCUUUGCUGUGGGGGCAACAAUGAAUGAUUUUUGCUGGCAUGUGCUUACUACAUUUGAUAGACUUUAGGAAAGGCCGGUUGGUGAAUAGCACUGUUUUCUUAGCUGCAAGAAUGUAUUGCACAAUAUUUUCAUUAUUUUUGUUUGUGUCACCUUUUCUUUGGUU